AUGUUUUCGUUUCUUUUAUUGUCUUUUAUUUCAUGCAAUGAAAAAGAAAAGAUCUUCAAACAAGUAUAUAACAACAAGAUAAUUGUUCUAGAUGCUAGUGGGUCAUCCAAACAAGACAUAAAUGGUUCAUUGCAAAUGACUAAGCCAGAAUACGCAAUUUAUCCAUGGAAUAAGAGAUAUGAUUGGUGCUCUAACUGUGGAAAGACAUAUUCUGACCACCCUUACCUUACAUUUUCCUUAAAAAAUAAGAAAUUCAAAGUUUCCGGCUAUUUCCUUCGUGCUGGAUGCUGCUAUAGUCGUUGCUGCUGCGAAGAUAAUGGAUACUGCGUUCAUUGUUGCCUGUUUAGCUGGGCUCUUCAGAUUUCUAACGAUAACAAGACUUGGACCGAUAUCCACAAGAUAGAAAAGGACUACGAGAUGAGAUAUUGCAAAGAGAAGAGCUACAACUUCGAUAAAACAUAUGAAGCUAAGUACAUUAGGCUUAUCCAGACAGAAGCUUGCCCUGGAGAUCCCCCAUGCAUUGCAUUGAACCAAAUCGAAUUUUUCGGAUCUGUAAUAGACGAGGGAAUUCAGGAUGAUGAAGAAAAUUUUGUUUCAUACCACGAUGAUGACGAUGAUGUCAGUAUCAUUGGACAUAUCUCAAAGAAUGGUAAUGUAAAGGUUAAUUAA